AUGGAUGAAGACGAAUUGGCGAAGAAGGCGAGAAUUGAAGCUGAAGCGGAGGAUACAAAUUCUAAUGAAAUUCUUGUGGUAAGAAUAAACUUGGAUAAUUCAACCGAAGGAAUUAUAAAGAAAGACACGGAGAAACUAAUUGAUUUUCUACGGGAACAAAAUUUAUUCUUAAAUAAUAAACAUUUGGAGAUUUUGCGUGAACGAGAGAUUGCGGGUUGCGACUUCCUCAAAAUGGAUAACCAGGAUUUCAGGGAAUGUGGACUUGAAAUAAGACCGGCAAUGAGGCGUGCAGGCUUCGCCAAGAAGCUUAACGACCAAAGUGAAGACUCAAGUAAUGAAUUUAAAAACUCUACAGUAGAAAUUCCUCCGACCGUUGCCGAAUUGGAUAUGAAACUCCUCAGCGAUAAUGUUAAUAAGAUCAUUCGUGGUGAAUUUCAAAAUAUUAGGGGGAUAUAG